UCAUUCCUAAUAUGUGCAAUAAUAAUUUAUCAAAUAUAUUUCAAAUAAAAAGAAAUAUAAGUAACUAUGAUAUGUGUAACUAUAUGAAUCAUUCAAAUUUUGGCGCGCUUGAACGGUGAAACUAUGAGUGAUUGCCAACAUAAAAAAAAUAAAAUAUGUUAGAUCAUACCCAAUAGUUGGUAACAUAAUUUAAAUUUAAGCUAACCUCACUCGGUUUUAUAAUUAAGUUCGUCUUUUUAACUAAUGUAAUGGAUAAAUAAGUGUAUACAAGUUAUAUAUGCAUAUAUAUAUAUAUAACAAAAUUUAAUAUAAGAGAGAUGGCAUUAAAUAUCUUUAAAAAGGCAACAGCAUUGCGUAAUGGCAUUUUAGCCAAAAAUAUAUUAUGCAGAAGAUAUUCUUUGUAUGAGCCUGAUUAUUUGGAGGCAUUGAAACCAAAAGUACCAAUUUAUCCUAUAUUAAAUGUACAAAUUACGGGAUAUGUUUAUCCUGUAUUACAAAGUUAUCAAAGUUUCAUUUACAGAGUCGCUAAAAUUAUGGAUAUUGACGUAGAUAAUAGUUGGGCACUGCCUGCAAAAGAAAUAAAAAUUCAAAGGUAUAAACCAAGAAGUACUGUUGUCGUUGCAGAAUACAAACUUAAUAUUUAUGAAAGGAAUAUACAAUUAGCAGAGAUUACAGCUACACAGUGUCCUUUACUAAUUAGAAUAUUAGAAGCUACUUUACCAGAAGGAGUAAAUUUAAAUGUGAGCAUUUUUGAUCCCAAUACAGAAUUAAAACGUUAUAUACCAGAUAAACAAUUAUUAGACAUGAAAACACAGUUACAAGAUUUAAAGAAAAAAUAAAUUAUAAUAAAGCAUUGAUAUUAAUAUUAGUAAUGAGACUAGAUAUGUCAAGAAUAUAACAAGUAUGUUUUGUAAAAAGGUAUUUAUUAUAAAACUUGAUAAAAAUUUACAAACACACAUGCAUGUGCAAUGCGUUUGUUAACAUAUAUAAAAACGACGAUUUAUAUAAAAUAUUUUCAAUAUUAAAUUAAAUAAUAUUUUUUUUUAAA